UAAGGUCGACUCAGAAAGCGAUCAUCUCGACACGGUUUCUUCAGUCUUGCUGAAUUCUGACCCGAAGGACGUGUUUUUUCAAGAACCAGUGAGUGAUACUAACGAUAAUGUGCUUACACAAAACGAGAAUCAAUCUCCAAACAAAUCUCAAAAAAGACAACCAUCAACCGCUACGGCAGACCUCAAAAUCACGAAGAGCUCGAAGAGACAUGCGACCACUGAUAUGAAGUUUCGUGCGUUUGACAUCAAUUGGCAGAAAGUAAGUGAUAGUAUGCUACUGCGGCUGAAGAAAUUACAAGAUUUUCGUGACAAAAAUCCCACCGGAACUGUUCCCCGUGAAAAGCAAUUCCCAAAAAGUGAGUUGACAGCGUUGGCAAACGCGAUUGUGGACCAAUUAAGGGUCAUAAACGUACACAUUACUGCCAGUACGAUGGAGGAAGUAGCGAAACAAGUGUUGUCUAAAUACCCGUGUUUGAACUUCGUCGACGAUGACGGUUUCGGGACCGGUCAAAGUUUUGUGGUAUUAAAACACAAAAUGAUUAAUAGAAAAACAUAUUUGAACCGGUACAAAGAUUCAGACUCACGAUCAUCUGCAGCUGAAACUAAAAGAAACAGAAAUGUGAAAGCUGGGACAAUUAAAGAAUAUUGGGAAGUUUCGGCGGAACAGUGUUCCAAAGAUAUUCUUUCCAAACUGACGCGGGAUGAGACUGGUGUUUUGACUGUGGAGUUUUUAACUGCAUCGCAGGCCUAUAUUCGCUUCUAUCUGGAUCAACCGGAAUCACUUAAGGAAUUACUUGCCAGACUCCCCGUUCUUCGUCGUCGCCAACUGAUUAGUUUUCAUUUUGAGAAAGCAACUGGAGUUCAGCUUAACUCUCUCGAAAAGAUGUUCCUUGCUAAACGAGCUAAAAUCAUCGAUUUCUCAGGAUCUAGCCGGCCAGCACUCGUGAUGGAUAAACAUGCGACAGAUUACGACAUUCUAAAAUUUUUGUGCUCCUCGUUAGGAGAAAACAUAGUCCAUCUGAUCAUUCAAAAAGAGAUUGGUACUAAAGUGGCUGAUCUAACUACAGAUUGUGCAGGACCAGUACUUGUUGCUGUAGACCUGGGAAACGAUAAACAUGUAUACUACGUGAUGGUGGAACAGGUUCGGCUGACGGAAGGAACCCAAAAUGUUGUGACUGCCAUUGCUGAUCUCCUAAGUGUACACUAUGUGUAUAAUUUCAUGUAUAUGAAACAGAUAUCCAAGUUUUUGGAGUUCGUUCAAGAAUAUUUUUGCAAAAUCUUGCCGGUGUCUGGAUCCAAAUCGAGGGCUACAAGAAAAAGCCAGCAGCAACGCAUGGUUAAGCGACUGAUUGAAGGUAUCUCUAGCCAUACAGCAACAGCAAGUCUAGCCCGUCAGAUAAACUGA